UGUAAGAAAUAAAACAAUGGACAAGGUCAAGGUUAUGUUGUUAUGUGUGGCAAUUUUUGUCACGGCCAUAUUACUUUCUGGUCAUGUUGCCGCGGCGGAAGUUCACGGCGAUCAUCGUAAGGCGGCGCACGACGACUUAAUCUGCAAUGGCGACCUUAACAAGCUCCGUCGGUUCUGCAGAAGAUCCAUAGCUAACGACGGGAGGAGGGCUAUGGCCCCCACAUGGACGUGUUGUGAUACGGUUUUGAUCGUCGACAUGUAUUGUCUCUGCCGCGAGAUCACGCCGCGCCUCGAGAGGGCUGUUAGCAUGGAAAGGGUGGCUCACGUCGCAGAAGUAUGUCGGCGGCCAAUUCGGAGCGGAACUAGAUGCGGAAGCUAUACCGUUCCAACGUUCCAGAUGGCAAAGAAGAAGCUACAGCCACCGCCGCCACCGAAGAUUCAAGAAGAGAGGAGAGUGGUGCCCCCUCCACCUCCUCCUAGAUCUCCUAGAUGAUUUUAGAAGUAAUAUUUUCAAUAACAAGUUGUGAUGGAUGGUUAAUACCUCAAAUAAAAGAAAAAAAAAUAUUUAUCCUA